GGACUGUGGGCAGCCUUGUCUCCCUGCUCGUCCUGUGCCAGCCCUCGAUGAGACGCCAGAGCACGAUGUUUUAUCUGUCUAUGCUGGCCGUGGGGGACCUUAUGGUGCUCUACACAGGGCUUGUCAGACUGUGGCUUGAAGAGACCCAGGACAUUUACCUUCGCCUUACCUCUAGCCUGGCCUGUCGAGCUCACACUUUCUUUGUAUACCUGUCCCUGGACUUCUCAGAUUCAUCCAAAAGGUGUGGCCUUGGAUCGACUUGUGUGUGUACUUCCUGAUUCCCUUUGUCCUCAUUCUGGCCUGUAACGUCAUCAUAAUCCGUCAACUGGUGAGGUCGGACAGGAAGAUGGCAGAUCACCGACGGAGGUCUGGGAGAUCAAAGGUCAUGGACGACGUUCCCCAGAAAGGGUCAAAGACAGGUCAAAGUAAAACUAGGUCACCGAAGGCUCGCUGUAAUUCCAGAGUGUCAGAUUUCGACCUGAACAGAGCUAUGUCUGGCGUGAGUGAAAGUAACAAUUGCUGUCAGGCUGAGAGGGUUGUCAGGUCUGUAGUUGAAAAGCACCGAACUGAUCAUGACAAGGGCCAAAUUAAUCAAGUAAAGGACUCAAUUAAUUACAGAAAGGACUUAUCUGAUCUUGAACAGGACAUAACCAAUAAUGAAAAUGACUUGGCUGACAAUAAAAAGGGUCUACCUAAUCACGAAGAGGGCACAGUUAAUCACGAAAACGACGUAUUUGAACACCAAAAGGACUUAACUAAUCCUGGACCAUCAGUUUUGUUGGAGAGUGGCAAACUGUCAGAUGUGACACCUUUAGAAUCCACAAUCCAGAAGCAGCUAAGACGAGAGAGCGAUGACGGAGUCACGGCAUCUGUCACUGACAUGCCAGUGGACAUAACCUGUCGUGGAGCUGCUGUGCUGAGCAGCAAAGACUCACACUGUACUACAUCAAAGAACAGUGUUGCGGACAGUUGUGUAGGGUUGGAGAAUUUCUCUUCGCAGAACGAGUUAGAGGUGUGGGGUGUGGAUGAUGGCUCCCAGACUUCACCAGAAAAUGAGGGCAAGCUUGAUAGUACUCACGAAAGGAAAGUUCAAGGUCUGGUUGUGACUCCAUUUUCGGCUUUGUAUUUGUCUUCGUCGUUAAGUCCUGUGGGUGUAGACUGCCUCACACCAACAGAUACAGAGCCUGGUAGAAUAAGUCUAGGAGUAGGGAAGAGUAUGAUAGAUAAGUCGAUUUCAGAUGUGUGGGAGAGUUAUGUCCUUGAUGAGAAGAAAUAUGGCUGCUCAGCAGGGGAAGAGAUAGUAGUAUCGGACCACGUUUGCAGCCACGGCAAAGACUCGAUAAAUCUCAAGAGAAACGGUUACAAGAAAGUGUUUGUUCCCCCUUCUCAAACUGUGACGUCAACUAGUGGGAGGGGGAGGCAAGUGUUUACUAUUGAGAACACACUCCGAGGAUUUUUCACGAAGACGACGCGAGAGAGAAAAGACAGUGAGAAACAGUUUAUCGACGAUGUGGAAGAGGAGGAGGAGGAGGAGGGCGAAGAGGUGGAGGAGGAGGAGGAGAAUCCCAGAAACGAAGACGCAGGGCCUACAGAACAGGUGGAUUUCCAAGUGCUAGAACAGAGAAUUGACACUCCGGUGCAAGAGAGCGUGACGAUGACGAAGUCUCCUCAUCAUGGCUCGAGACGGAGAUCUCACAGCGCCAAAGUCUGGCCACAGGAAGAAACCAAAGACCCUUCCUUCUUCGAAGACACUCAUAAUGAAGCGUCUUGCUCUCCGGUUAGUAUGAUAAAACUUUCAUUACAAAAUAAUUCGGCACAUCUAGAACAACCUGGUGAUUCCAAACAAACUUCUCCCGCCUGGAGAAGCCCAAAAACGGCUCAAAAUCCGGAAACCUCCACCAACUGGGAUGAAAAUGAAAGGGAUGGUUUUACAAAGUAUGCCAUGAAAACUCUGAAACAGCAAACGCGUAUCGAGAUACGCAAUGAGUUUAAAAGUCAAAGCAGAUCACAGCCUUUUACAAUCAAAGUAGAAAACACACGAGAUGGAUCUUCUCUCGCACAGAGUACACUCUACGUCACUGGAACAGACACAGACUUCAAUUCAAACAUAGACAAACAAAACACCACUAACAGCCCUCAAAAGAAGACACCAGCACCUCUCUCAAUAAUCGACGCGACAGAGAGUUUAAGAAACACCCUACCUUCAAAAAUUGACACCAAAUCGAACUCAAGAAACACACCGCGCUCAAUCAUCGAUCACACCGCGAGCUCAAAAAACACAUCUCCAUCAGCACUCGACGCCACAGGGAGCUCAACAAAGAACCCGAAACACGUUCCCAAACGCCAAACCUCCAAGACUACGCGCUCCACGUCCAGCGUGAGCAAAACUCUGAUCGCGAUAACCGUAGCCUUCCUGCUUCUCAACUCACCCAUCAACGUCUACAUCAUCGUGUACACGUAUGUGGCAGAGGAGAACCAGCCCCUGGCCUCCGCGCGCCUCCACCUGGGCUGGACACUGACCAACUGCCUGAUGUAUCUCAACCAGGCGCUCCACGUGUUCCUCUAUUGCCUGACCGGGCCAAGGUUCCGCCAAGAGUUGGCCG